AAACUCAGAAACUUCUCCUCACAGAACAACCAAAUUGACUCCAGACACCAUGGCCUGCUGCGCUACUAGUUUCUGUGGCUUUCCCACUUGCUCCACUGGCGGCACAUGUGGUUCUAACUGCUGUCAGCCCAGCUGCUCCCAAUCCAGCUGCUGCCAACCCAGCUGCUCCCAAUCCACCUGCACCCAGUCCAGCUGCUGCCAGCCCACCUGCACCCAGUCCAGCUGCUGUCAGCCCACCUGCACCCAGUCCAGCUGUUGUCAGCCCACCUGCACCCAGUCCAGCUGUUGUCAGCCCACCUGCACCCAGUCCAGCUGCUGCCAGCCCAGCUGCUGUCAGACCAGCUGCUGUGGAACUGGCAGUGGCCAGGAGGGUGGCAGUGGAGGCCUGAGCUGCCGUGUUAGAUGGUGCCGCCCUGACUGCCGUGUGGAGGGCACCUGCCUGCCCCCCUGCUGUGUGGUGAGCUGCACACCCCCAACCUGCUGCCAGCUGCACCAUGCCCAGGCCUCCUGCUGCCGCCCAUCCUACUGUGGACAGUCCUGCUGCCGCCCAGCCUGCUGCUGCCACUGUUGUGAGCCCAGCUGCUCUAAGCCCAGCUGCUCUGAGCCCAGCUGUUAAGAACCAGGUUCCUGAAUAGUUAGAAAUGCAACAGAAAGCCCUGAAGAAUUGUGUGGACUGCUGAGGAUGUGUUCUGUGUGGUGGAUGCUAAGUAUCUUCAUGUUGUUAACCUGUUCCUGGAGGUGGAACUCUUCAUCAGGAUCCCCAAAGGCGUGCUGGAAUUAGUCCACUGAACACGCGUCUCAAUCAGCAUGUUCCAGGGACCCUUCUUUGCUUAGAUGAUGCACAAAGGAUGCAGCAGUACAUCAUUCCAGUGAGGUGUGGACUUUAUUCCCUAGUCCUCGGUCCCCACACGUCUUCCAUCAAGCUUUCCACUUGAAGAGACCCCGAUGCUCUCAAAUAAAGUGUUUUGUGCACAAGUGAAUAGAUUUCUGUGCAUCUUCUAAUUUUAAGCUGCCCAUCUAUAGAUGAUAGUAAUCUUCAGGCAUAGGCACAUAAUCUAAAGCAAAAUGGUUGUAUGAAAAUUAACUUAUGUUUGAAUCGUCUGCUAAUAAAAUGUUCUGUGCAUUAAAU